GGUCGUGGAUAACUGAUUCACAAUGUGGCGUUAUUUGUUGCUCUCAAUGUUUCUAUUCGUGAAUGUGAAUACUCAUUAUUUGUAUAAAACUAAAUGGUUUGAAGUGCCUCUCGAUCAUUUCGGUUUAGGGAGGAAAGAGACGUUUAAAAUAAAGUACUUGGAAAACGAAGAUUACUGGAAUAAAAAUGAAUAUGGACCUAUUUUCUUUUACACGGGAAAUGAGGGUCAAAUAGAAGCAUUUGCCAAUUACACCGGCUUCAUGUGGGAGAUAGCGGCUGAAUAUCAAGCCAAGAUUGUUUUCGCAGAGCACAGAUAUUAUGGAGAGUCAAAGCCUUUUGGUAACAAGUCCCUGGAAAAAGAGUACAUUGGGUACCUCACGUCCGCCCAGGCACUGGCUGACUAUGCCGACCUCAUCAAUUACCUUCAAAAUAAUGAAAUCAAACCUCGCUACCCAGUCAUAGCUUUUGGAGGCUCGUAUGGUGGAAUGUUAGCUGCUUAUAUAAGGAUAAAGUAUCCCCACCUAGUGGCCGGAUCUAUAGCCGCCUCAGCUCCCAUACACAUGUUUCCCGGAAUGACGAAGUGCGAUCUCUUCAAUAGGAUCGUAACGGCCAGUUUCAAGCGGAAUUUGUACUGCUCGGAAAACAUACAAAAAUCAUGGCACUUGAUAAGGAGUUACUCAUCAUCAGUAAACGGUUCAGAGUAUCUUCACAAGACGCUAAAUCUAUGUGGUGCAUCCAACGCAACAGAUAUCAAUUCCUUAAUAGAAUAUUUAGAAUCCGCCUAUGUGACGCUAGCUAUGGUGAACUAUCCCUUUGCCUCUAGCUUUCUGACGCCGUUACCAGCGCAGCCUGUGGCCGUGGUCUGUCAAUAUUUAAAUCAAAAUUUGGCAAACGAAUCAUUACUCGAGGGAAUUGCCAAAGUUAUAGACGUUUACGCUAAUUAUGGGAAGAAAACCAAGCAAUGUGUAGAUUAUAAAGAAGGAGACAAUUAUCAAAAUUUGGACGCAGGCGGCUGGGACUUUCAGGCGUGCACAGAGAUGGUAAUGCCUGUUUGUUCGACGGGGCAGAAUGAUAUGUUCGAAGCGUCUCCGUGGAACUUUACCAAAUUUUCUGAAGAUUGCUACAAAAAAUACAAUGUAUAUCCACGCGAAAACAUGGCUAGGCUAGAAUACGGUGGAGACUUGCUACAAGCUGCUUCGAAUAUUGUCUUCAGCUAUGGGUUGUUGGACCCUUGGACAGCCGGAGGUUUCAUAAGCAGUGUGAGCGACUCCGUGGAUGUUAUCCUAAUCGCAGAUGCUGCUCACCAUCUAGAUUUGAUGCCCAGCUCGCCCGACGAUCAAAGCCCAGUGAAAGACGCUCGCGAGAAGCACAAACAACAUAUUAGCAAAUGGAUUGACAGCUUCAGAGCACGCAAUAAACAUGUUGUGACUUAA